AUGGCAUUAAUUCAUAAUCAAAAUGACAUGCAAAACAUGUUUAGUAAGGCUGGCAAAAUCACCUCCGAAAAAUAUAUUGUCUUCCAAAGGAAAGAUGAAAUCAUCAACAACAGACCAAGAUAUUUCAAAACCAAAUCCUAAUCAGUUGCAUCUCCAGAAGAAGUCAAUCUAUAACCCGAAAAGAAAGUCCCAGAUCUGGCCAACAAGAAGUAGGCUCAAAUCACAGAAGCAGAACUCAUUCAACAUAAAAAUCAACUCAAACUCUCUUAACCCUUCUCCAAGUAACUCUCUCGAUAAGUCGGACAUUAUACCAAACUCAGCAACGAUAGCAAACCCUCCUGCGGCCAAUAUCAUGUCAAAUACAGCGAAUUAGACAAGUAUCUCCCUUCUUUAUUAUCGACAGAGCAGUUCAUUCCAUUCACGAUUAUGACAAAUCCCUCAAACAAACCACACCCAGACUCGUACCAGGAAAACUUGGACAACCAGAAAACAUCGAGUAAACAACUAUUGCAUUUAUUCAAGCAAACCCAUUGUUGAUCGACCAAGAUAUUCUCGCACUUGCUUUACAGAUCUAACCAGGCAAACCCAAAGGUAUUCAAGUAUAUCUUACUGAAAAGACCUGACAUCUUCUUUGGAAGACCCACUCCACACCCAGAUAGAUUCACAUUCUUAAGUGUUACUGAUUCUUGGAGUAAAAUCCCAAGAACACCGAAUGUUCAAUUAGAUAAGCAACUAUCAAGAGAACAAAUGAUCAUCUAUAAAAAGAAACAAUUUGCCCCAGAUUACCAUCCCAAUUUCGAAUUCGGUAGAAAGUAACUUAAUCCCCCUAAGUUCAAUUAGACAAUUAGGCAGUUGUGGUGCUCCUUUUGAUAAACUCGAAAAAAGAAAAGAUAUAAUGACCAAGAUCCCUCCCUACAAUAAUGAGGCUUAUUUCGAAUUUGAUGUCUACUCCAAAGAGCCAUAAAGUCAACUCUUUAGAAAUCCCACAGCCCCCAAUUUUGAAAAAAUGCUCGAAAGAGAAUGCGAUGGAAAAUCAUUAUUGCCAAGUUUUAUGUAGGUAAGCAUAUUCUCAAAAUUAGAAAUACACCAAUACUCGUAUGGGAAUUGCUCAUUUGAAUCAAAAAAUGUUAGAAGUCAAUAAUUUUAGAGACGGAAGAUUCUAAACUGUCACAUCAAGCUUUAUGCCCUCUAAAUUAAAAAGAAAAUAGAAGCUUGAUGAGUCUAGUGAAGAAAUCGAACAGUUGGAGGACCAAUAAUGA